AUGUCGGAAGUGGGGACGACCCACAAACGAAAAGGAAACUUUGGCCUCGAGGACUCGGAGAUGACUCGCAGGCCAAAAAACAAUAAGAAUACUCCUCCUCCUCCGGGUCCUGGUGACAUUCCCAAGAUGAAAACAAAUGAGAAGAAGAAGAUCUUGAAGAAGGUUGACAAUGUGUCGGGGAAGAAGCUUCACAUCCAAGACCUGCUUAGCAGGGCAAAGGAAUUUGGGGAGAUGAUCCCUUCGUACAUUCAUGAGCACGUGAAGAGUGUUGCCACGGAAUGCGAGAGCGUGAUGUCCACGGCACAGCAAUGUGUGAAUGACAUGAAGGGGGAUGCAAAAGCCAUGCAGGAUGAUUUGGAUGCAGUUGCAAACAAGGCAGGCGAAGCAGCAGCACGGCUGAAGUCUCAGUUGGACCAGGAUUUGCCAUUUCCAGGCCCACACCAUGGUGGGAAAAAGGGGGUUUGCACUGUGGGAGGCUCGCCCCCACAGCCCAAUGACUGGGCCUCGCUUGUGCCAUGCUUGGGCAGCUUUCCUCGACGCGUUCACGUCAGUAUGCCCUGCUGUGGAAUCGAUGGCUGUGGCACUGCCCUUCAAAUGAUGUCUGUGCCAUUCAAAGCGAACAAUGUGAUGGAUGUGGAGGCAAGAUAUGGACCUUACCUCGAAGCUCAUUUACCAGGUUGCGCAAUUCACGUGGGGCACCAUGGGGAUGUGAAUUCAAUCAACAUCGAUGAGUUGGAGAGGCCGGUUGACCUGUUGUGCUCCGGACCACCCUGCCCGCCGUGGGCAGGAAAUGGGUCCCACGGCGGCCAAAUGGACAUGAGAGCGGAGGUCUUCCUGUCAGUUGUCAGGAUGGUCAUCGCAUUGGCCAAGUCGGGCGAGCUCAAGGCAGCAAUUUUGGAGAACGCGCGCGGAAUUUGCAACAAGCUUCCUGGCCAGCAUGAAUCCUUCCUGGACCAGAUGCUUUUCAUUCUCCGGCAAGAAGUCCCAGAAUUCCAUUGGGAUAAGGUGGAACUUUCUGCCUGUGACUACCUGCUGGCACAGCAGCGGACCCGUAUCUUUCUGAGAGGUCUAAGGACUACGAUUGCAGCUGGAAUCCCUGCACCGCUAUCACCAUUUGGACGACGUGAUUUGAGUGAGUUCUUGGACCACGGCCUUGAACCAAUUGACACAUCCACUUUGACUGAGGUGAUGCGAAAAAACCUAGAAGAUGCUGAGAAGGACGUCAAAAAGAUGGUGAAGGCUGGGACAUACAAGGAAGGCGACAUCAUUGUGAUCCCUCUGGACAGGUCCACAGGGAAGGUUUACCAAAGGAAAUGCACAGUGAAUAUCGUGCCGACUCUCACUACAACAAACAGGUAUCUCUUCAUCACAUCGGUGAACAAGGGGAAUUCCAAGAAGGGCUUCCAUCGUUCAGGGAACGCGUAUCCGGUGCCACUGAUGAUUGCUGUGCUGCAUCCUAUUUUGGAUGUAAUUCGCCUACAUCUCAAGAAGACAACCAUGGCGCUGGGAUUGCGGUCUGAUGCCUAUUUGACAGCUUGUGCCAACUUUGACAAGUACAUGAAUCAUGAAGGAGUGCACACGAUUGGGACAAAAUUGGCGUUGCUGAGCAAACGGUGUGCUUUGCUGGGUUUGACAUCUCCUUCGGAGCCUACCUAUGUCAUGUGCAUUGCUAUCCUUGUGUUGGCUAGUCAUCAAGAAUGCGCGGACGAGUUCACCUAUGAGGUUUCCAACGGCUUUGGAAUCUUGAGUGACUUUAAGCACGUGUUGAAAAAUGUUUGCAAAGGAGUCACACACAGUGGACUGCAGGUCUACCCAGAUGACCCCGCAAAGCUUCCUGAUGAAAUCAAAAAGCAUGCUUACCAAGAAGGUACACCUGCGAAGUGUCCUUUAGACAUCAUGACCCUGCAGAGAUUGUGCAACGAUCUACCUGCAAGGCGUACCCAUACCGCAGUCUCUGGGGGCAACAAGGGUCGCACUUCAACAAGAGACGAGUCUUUCAAGACUUGGUUUGCUGAUAUGUUGAUGCGAGGGAUGGCCAAUGGCCAUGGGAAGCAGUACAAUGCUCUUCCAGGUUUCAUGAUGUUGGACCACAAGCAAACAAAAACCGGGAAAGCGCCACAGCUAGCUUUGGAGGAUGGUGAUGAGGAAACUCAAGAAGAAUAG